AUGCCGCCGCCGCCCAGCGUCACCGCGGCGCACGACCCGGCCGCCGCCGCCACCACCGCCACCACAACGCGCCGCCGCAAGGACCACGCCGCCAAGGUCCACCUGGCGCUGGGCGGAGGAGGCGCGGGGGCGAAGGAGAUGGGCGCCGCGGCGGAGGGGUGGGCGCGGCGGCCCGAGUGGUGCUCGGCGGCGGGCGUCGCGGCCGUGCUGCGGCGGCACCCGGCGCCCGCGCUCUUCGGGUGCGGCCUCCUGCUCUUCAUGGCCGUCGAGUACACCAUCCCCAUGGUCAGGCCGGACUCCCCGCCGCUCGACCUGGGCUUCCUCGCCACCAGGGGCAUGCACGCCGCCGUCGCCGCCACGCCCUGGCUCAACUCGCUCCUCGCCGCGCUCAACACGAUCUUCGUCGCGAUGCAGGCGGCGUACAUCCUGUGGGCGAUCCUGGCGGAGCAGCGGCCGCGCGCGGCCGUCGCGACGCUCAUGAUGUUCACCUGCCGGGGCGUGCUGGGCUGCGCCACCCAGCUGCCGCUUCCCGAGGAGUUCCUGGGCUCCGGGAUGGACUUCCCCGUGGGCAACGUCUCCUUCUUCCUCUUCUUCUCGGGCCACGUCGCGGGCGCGGUGAUCGCGGCCGCCGACAUGCGCCGCGAGGGGCGGAUGGCGCUGGCGCGCCUCUACGACGCGCUCAACGUGCUCCAGGCGGUCAGGCUGCUCGCGUGCAGGGGCCACUACACCAUCGACCUGGCUGUCGGCGUCGGGGCCGGGAUCCUCUUCGACACGGUGUCCGGGUGGUACUUCGACGCCAAGAACGGCGACGGCAAGAACGCGCCCGAGAAGCACUGCCGUAGCUGCCAGUGCCACAAGGCUCUCCUCUCACACUAG